AUGGCAGAAAGACCAGUGUGCACAUCCAAGCAAACGCCCAAAGAUGAAGACACACAAAAAGAAGAGAAUAUUCGUUGUUUAACUAUGCUUGGUCAUUUUGGUUUUGAAUGUUUGCCUCAUCAGUUGGUUAAUAAAUCUAUUCAACAAGGAUUCUCUUUUAAUAUUCUCUGUGUGGGGGAAACUGGACUUGGAAAAUCAACACUGAUUGACACAUUGUUUAAUACUAAUUCGAGAGAAAAAAAAUCCUCGCAUUUUCGCCCAAAUGUUGAACUUAAAAUUCAGCCAUAUCAACUCCAGGAAGGCAAUGUUCAGUUGAAAUUAACGGUUGUGACCACAGUGGGAUAUGGUGAUCAAAUGAACAAAGAAGCCAGCUACCAACCAAUAGUUUCCUACAUAGAUGCUCAAUUUGAGGCCUAUUUUCAAGAAGAACUGAAAAUUAAACGUUCCUUUGCCGACUACCAUGAUACUCGUAUCCACGUGUGCCUUUACUUCAUUGCACCUACGGGACAUUCUCUGAAGGCCCUUGAUCUGUUAACCUUGAAGAGCAUUGACAGUAAGGUGAACAUUAUACCACUGAUUGCUAAAGCAGAUACAAUUUCUAAAAAUGAUUUACAGGCAUUUAAGAGUAAGAUAAUGAAUGAAUUGAUUAGUAAUGGCAUCCAGAUAUACCAGUUCCCAACAGAUGACAAAACGACUGCUCAAAUGAACUCCUCAAUGAAUGAACACCUACCUUUUGCUGUAGUGGGGUGUAUGGAUGAGGUGAAAGUCGGAAAAAGGAUGGUCAGAGGCCGUCUCUAUCCUUGGGGAGUUUUACAAGUGGAAAAUGAGAAUCACUGUGACUUUGUUAAGCUCCGGGACAUGCUCCUUUGCACAAACACGGAACACCUAAAAGAAGUAACCCACACUAAGUACUAUGAGGCUUACAGGCGUCGCCAACUGCAGAAAAUCGGCUUUACUGAUGUGGGCCCCGACAAUCAGCCACUCAGUUUGCAAGAGAUCUAUGAAACCAAAAGAAAGGAGUUCCAUGAACAAUGCCAGAGGGAAGAAGAAGAAUUGAAACAUAAGUUUAUGCAGCGAGUUAUGGAGAAAGAAAUAGCAUUUAAAGAAGCUGAAAAAGAACUACAGGAAAAGUUUGAGCACCUUAAGAGAAUUCAGCAAGAGGAGACAAUAAAACUUGAGGAGGAGAAAAGAAAACUGGAUGAAGAAAUCAUGAAUUUUUAUAAAAUGAAAGCUGACUCUGAAACAUUGCAGACUCAGGUUUGCACCAAUAUAAAAAAGGACAAAGAUCGUAAGAAAUAG